AUGCCUGGGACCAGAUGCCGGGGCCUCGAACGCGAAGAGAUCGACGAACAGGGCGUCGAAACGAUCCUCCAGUGGCACAACACUUAUCGUAAUAUCGUGGCCAAUGGAGACGAACAACGAGGAAAUCCAGGCCCACAACGUCCCGCGAAAUAUAUGAUGGAACUGAUCUGGGAUGACGAACUCGCUCAUAUUGCCAAGCGAUGGGCGUUGCGGUGCAACCUCUUUGAGAAAGAUCAAUGCCGAGACGUUGAGCGAUUCGGUGUAUGGCAGAACGUGCACGUGCUCGAUAUGAACACCGUGGGAAACACCACGUCCGUCACGAGACUUCACUUUCAUAUUCAAUCAUGGUACGACAAAGUGGAGGACUUCGAUUCCGCGGAAUUCGGGUAA